CAGUAGUAAAUAUAUAAUUCAACGAGAUUGUUGACGCCAUCAAGAGUUGGUAAACUUUACAAUAUUUUACAAUCUCCAAUUUCAAUGGAUUGGAGUCCACAUACAAUAUUGUGACAUCUUCUCUAAAAAUUAUUCCAACCAACCAAAAGCCACCGUCAACUAUUGUAAAUUUCUUAAGAAAAGCUAGUAACUAAUGGCAAGUCUCAGAAGAAUACAAACAUGGAACAUUCUUUAUUUCCAAAUGUAGAUUCCUAUUAUUGUUACCCUUUGCAUCCGGUAAAAACCCAAAUUUCCAACCUUUCCAGUCUCGACAUCAACAUACUAAUGUUGCUGCUACUGCUUCCAUCCAUCCUCAUCAUCAUUGCAUCGAGUAAUGACUCCAACACUCCAUAUCUCACAGGCUAAGAUCUUUAAGAUUGAAAGGCAAAAGGCUUUUGUUUUAUUUCUGCCCCUUUCUCCCACAAACAAGAUCGAUCAUUGCAAUCUCCAAUAUAUAAAGUUUCAAGUGUUGUCGAGAACUGAGUAAAACUCUCAAGCAAGCAAGUCAAUUUUGAAAUUUCCCCAAUUUUCAAAUUAGUAACCGAGAAGCGAUUACCCAUACUUUUCAAAAGCAUUGCAUUACAGCCUCUAACAUCCAACUCUUUAAGUGACUAACAUCUAACUCUUUAAGUGAAGAAAGGUUAUUGGGUAUUUGACCUAACAACUUGGGACAAUUUUCAAUCACAAGCCUUUGAAGAAAAGGGAAUUCACCUUCAAUUCCAGUUGGACAAGUCCAUUCCUUCCAAUUUAACAUGUUUCAAACACCAACCCCUCAAGUGAUGGAAAACAGUAUUGUCCCCCAUAAACUCAAAACCUAUAGCUUUCAUUGCCUCCAUGCCUUUAGUAAUCAAUUUUUUGAGAACAGGUAGUAGGCCAAGUGUAUCUCUUACAACUGCUGAGCUCUAUGGAUGAUGAAUUCAAAAAUAAUAAUGCGUUUGUGUUUGGGAAACUCUUACCAUCGUAGCAAGAAAUUGAGACUUUUUAA